AUGCUGGAGGGAGCGGCACCCAGCGGCGCGGCGGGGGAGUUGAGAUCCCGCCAGCGACGCCGCCGGCAGCGACUGGCCGCCUCCCCGCAGAGCCGCCGGGCCCGCCUGCAGUACAGACGGCGGCACAACGAGCGGGACGGGCGGGUGUAUUACUGCGACUACUGCGAUCUCUUCGUCAGCAGCGCCGGGCGGAGUUGGACGGAACACCUGCGGGGCGUGCGGCACAUGGAGAGUGUCGAGAUGUACUACGCCAUGCUGGAGAGGAGAGAGGCCGCCUGGUUGGACACCAUUCGCGCGGAUGUGCAGCAAUCACACGUGGAAUCCUAUCUGCGGGAACAUCAAAAGACGGCGGGGAGAGGCGCAGCGAUGCCCAUGCCGCCCACCACAACGGGAUUUGUGGGGAAUUGCGGUAUUGUGGUGGGUGGGAUACAACCAAGUGUGCAUCUGCAGACGGCUAUCCACAACAACAACAAUACUACUACUAUUGGUAGUAGUAGUGAUAGUGGUAGUGUAAUGAUGAUGAUGAGUAGUGAGAGUGGGAAUCAUAGCGGUAGUGGUAUGAAUAAUAAUAAUAAUAAGAAUAAUAAUAAUAACAGUAGUAACAGUCCGAAUAGUGUGUUGAAUGGAUCUCCAUCGGUGCGUGUGGGGGGAUUUCUUGUUUCUGAAGCUAAACCGCCAUUGAUUACGAUAAACGGCAAGAGUGUUCCACCAAUUCAACUAGAACAACAUGUAGAGAGAAAGAACUAG